AGUGAAAUUACAUUCAAUAUAAAAGAAGUAAGUAGUCAACGACUCGGAUGUCAUUAAAGGUUAUUCCAAUGAAAACAAGUUGAACUUGUAGCAACUAGAUUCGACAUGGAGUUGAACAAGAAAAUUAAUCUUACAGUCAAAGAAAUGCAAAAAUUUGACGUCGAGCGGAUCUUUCGUGAUACGGAUGAGCCGAAGUAUUCAAUGUGUUUCUCAGACGAUGGAGAACUUCUGGCAGUCUGUGAUCAUGAAAACCUCUGUUUAUAUGAUUGCCUCAGCUUACAGAAGUUGUCUCAGGUGCAUAUGCGACGAUUUCAUUCAGAAUUGAUUUGUUUUACCCACCAGAAGCAUCGACUGUUGCACAGCUCCACAAAGAAGGAUUAUGCAAUACGCUGUUUGGAUUUGAAUAGACACAAGCAUGUGCGUCUUUUAAGUGGCCAUACAAAGAGGGUGAGAGCCCUUUGCUUUCAGCCCGGCAGUCAGCAUCAAUUCUUGAGUGCUGGUUGGGAUAAUCGUGUCUAUAUAUGGGAUUUACGCAGCUCCAAAUAUACGCAACAUUUUGAUUAUCUACACAGUCCAUUAGUGGCCUACGAUCCCGAUGGCUUGCUCUUUGCGACCAGCAGCGACAAUGAACGCAUUGAGGUCCACGAUGUGCGUAUGUUGAGCUCGAAGCCAUGCCAACAAUUUGGCUAUAAGCUGAAAAAAGAAGCCAAAUGGACGCAGUUGCAGUUUGCGCCCGAUGGCAAAACCCUAAUGGUGAGCACAGAUUACUCUGGAUGUUUUAGUGUGAAUGCUUUCAAUGGUGGAUUCCAUCUCGACUACACUGGAUACCAAAAUGAAUCUCGUCUGCCGACGCAGUCCUGCUACACGCCCGACUCCCAGUUCGUUUUAGCCGGCGUGGACAAGGGACGAGUUCAUGUUUGGAGUGCUGAAUGUGGUCAAACUGUAGCGGUGCUUCACAGCAAUAGCCUGGAGCCAGUGCGAUGUCUACAGUUCAAUCCCAAGCAAACGAUGUUUGUCACCAGCGAUUCGAUGACUCGCUUCUGGCUAUCCAAAACAAAUGAAAACAACGAGCAACAAGUCGAAGGAAAACGUAAAUUGAAGUCAGUGGUACACAAGAUCACGCCCAUCAUAGAUUUGACGACCAUGGAUGACAGUGAAGAUGAUGAUGAUGAUGAUGAGGAAGAGGAGGAGGAACAGCAACGUAUCAACAACUUCUCGUCACGCAGAUAUUUCGGGCCAAUGCCAAAGCGAUAUCCUUGUAUUCCGCCGCCGGCCAUAAGGCAAAGGCGUCGCUUCUGGCAUCCUGUUUGGCAACGGAAUGAAGAUGACAGCCCCGAGGAGGGUGAACUAAAUGAUGAUGACUAAACGAGAGAAGAACUAGCAAGAGAUGGAAGAUAUUCUUACUUCUCAGUGACCGUGACAAAUAUCAGUGAGUUUGAAUAGAGAAUAACUGAAAGAAUCCCUUAAAAUAAAAUCAAUAAAAAUGUAACUCAAUUUCAA